AUAUCACCAAACCAUCUUCAACAUAAUUCAUAUUCUUCGAUUCAAAGACCUUCUCUGAUCAGACAAACCUAGCAAGACAAAAAACAUUAGAGAUAUCUGAAAGAUUAUGGAGGAAGAAGACAAGAAAGUGACGACGAGGUGUUUUAGCUUCAAGAGAAUCAUGAAGAAGAAGAAGAAGAAGAAAGAGGAAGAGGAGGAUGAGAAGUUGAUAGUGUCUAGAGAAUUCGCCAAGAGAUGGAAAGAUCUGAGCGGUCUAAACCAUUGGAAAGGGAUGUUACAGCCGUUGGAUCAAGAUCUCCGGGAAUAUAUCAUACAUUACGGCGAGAUGGCUCAGGCUGGUUAUGAUACUUUCAACAUCAACACCGAGUCUAAGUUCGCAGGUGCUAGCAUCUACGCUAGGAAAGACUUCUUCGCCAAGGUGUGUCUAGAGAAAGCACAUCCGUACACAAAAUACAAAGUCACGAAGUUUCUAUACGCGACUUCAGAGGUCCACGUGCCUGAGUCAUUCCUAUUGUUCCCAAUUUCACGUGAGGGAUGGACAAAGGAGUCCAACUGGAUGGGUUACGUGGCGGUAACAGACGACCAAGGCACGGCGCUUCUUGGCCGGAGAGACAUUGUGGUUGUUUGGAGAGGCUCAGUUCAACCACUCGAAUGGGUUAACGACUUCGAAUUCGGAUUAGUGAACGCCAAGAAAAUAUUCGGUGAGAAAAAUGAUCAAGUACAGAUUCAUCAAGGUUGGUAUUCAAUCUACAUGUCUCAAGAUGACCGAUCACCUUUUACUAAGGCCAAUGCUCGUGAACAGGUACUGCGAGAGGUUGGGAGAUUGUUGGAUAGGUAUAAAGACGAAGAAGUUAGUAUAACUAUCUGUGGUCAUAGUCUUGGAGCUGCACUCGCGACGCUUAAUGCUGCGGAUAUUGUGGCUAAUGGUUAUAACCGACCAAAGAGUCGUCCUGAUAAGGCUUGUCCAGUUACGGCUUUUGUCUUUGCUAGUCCUCGUGUUGGCGAUUCUGACUUUAAGAAACUCUUCUACGGAUUGGAAAAUCUGCGAGUGUUACGGACAAGGAAUCUACCGGACGUAAUUCCGAUAUAUCCCCCGAUAGGUUACUCCGAGGUUGGAGACGAGCUUCCAAUAGACACAAGAAAGUCACAAUACAUGAAAUCUCCAGGAAACCUGGCGAGCUAUCACUGCCUAGAGGCUUACUUGCACGGCGUCGCAGGAACUCAAGGAACGGCCAAAGCUGACAUAUUCAGACUCGAUGUGAAAAGAGACAUCGGAUUGGUCAAUAAAUCAGUGGAUGGGCUAAAAGACGAGUGUAUGGUCCCUGGAAAAUGGAGAGUUCUUAAAAACAAAGGCAUGGUCCAACAAGACGAUGGGUCUUGGAAGUUACUGGACCAUGAGACUGAUGAUAAUGAAGAUUUUGAUUUGUGAUAUAUUUUUUUUCUUACUUUGUCAAGUGUCGAUGUUUGAAAAAGACGGUAUUAUUUCAUAUAUGUAACGUUUCAUCUUA